CCCAGGGCAGCUCAUCCUGGAAGAACGGGGGAAGGUGGCAACCGCUGUCUCCAAGGGCAGUGCCUGGGGAGACCCCCUGCCCUUUCCCCCCCUCCAGCUCCAGUGGGCAAGGACCUAGCGGCUCCUUAUCACCUGACGCUGUGCAGUCGCGGAUCCCAUUGGUGGAGCCAGAUUUGGUCUGGCUCUCGCUGCUUCUGCCUUCUCUGCCUCUCUCUCCUCCACGCUCUUUGAUUUCGCUCGCCUCUUCUUGCGCUCGCUCGGCGGCUGGGAACAGCGGCUCACCGGGGCAGCAGCAGCACCGGCUGAAGCAGACAGCAGCUGCCCGCGGGGCAUGGAGGCAGCCUCCCUGUGAGCCGGGAGCGGGAGCGGAGCGAGCGCGCGCAGCUUCCUGUGACCCAGCGUCUGGCUGCACAGGGGCCCUGCUUGGGGAGCUCAUCCACCCGAGGUCUCCAGGUGCCUCCCUGCCAGGUCUUCCUCUGCAGCGCCUGGGGGAGCCAGGAGCCAGACCAGAGGGCAGCAUGGAGCUGCUGUCCACCCCGCAUAGCAUCGAGAUCAACAACAUCACCUGCGACUCCUUCCGCAUCUCCUGGGCCAUGGAGGACAGCGACGUGGAGAGGGUCACUCAUUACUUCAUCGACCUCAACAAGAAGGAGAACAAGAACUCCAACAAGUUCAAGCACCGAGAUGUCCCCACCAAGCUCGUGGCCAAAGCGGUGCCGCUGCCCAUGACCGUGCGCGGCCACUGGUUCCUGAGCCCGCGCACCGAGUACAGCGUGGCCGUGCAGACGGCCGUGAAGCAGAGCGACGGCGAGUACCUGGUGUCCGGCUGGAGCGAGACUGUGGAGUUCUGCACCGGGGAUUACGCCAAGGAGCACCUGGCGCAGCUGCAGGAGAAGGCAGAGCAGAUCGCGGGCCGCAUGCUCCGCUUCUCCGUCUUCUACCGCAACCAUCACAAGGAGUACUUCCAGCACGCCAGGACCCACUGCGGGAACACGCUGCAGCUCCCCGUCUCCCCCACCCCCUGCGCCCCGACCGGCGGCAUGCUCCACGGAGUCUUCUUCAGCUGCAACACGGAGUUCAACACGGGCCAGCCCCCGCAGGACUCCCCCUACGGCCGCUGGCGCUUCCAGAUCCCCGCCCAGCGCCUCUUCAACCCCAGCACCAACCUCUACUUCGCGCACUUCUACUGCAUGUACACGGCCUACCACUACGCCAUCCUGGUGCUGGCACCCAAGGGCUCCCCGGGGGACCGCUUCUGCCGCGACCGCCUGCCCCUCCUGGACAUUGCCUGCAACAAGUUUCUGACCUGCAGCGUGGAGGGCGGGGAGCUGGUCUUCCGCCACGCCCAGGACCUCAUCCUGGAGGUCAUCUACACCGAGCCCGUCGACCUGUCCCUGGGCACCCUGGGCGAGAUCAGCGGGCACCAGCUCAUGAGCCUGUCCACUGCCGACGCCAAGAAAGACCCCAGCUGCAAGACCUGCAAUAUCAGUGUGGGCCGCUAGGGACUCCUGGGGCGCGGGUGGCGGGAGGCCACCGCAGGGUGGAGACAGGCACAGGUUCCGGGAGCUGGUUCUUUCCCCCCUGCCCCUGCUCCCUCACUCCAGCCGUCCAUCCACCCCUGCCCCACCCCUUGGUAUGGGGGCCACAGACCCUCUAGCCUCCCAGGUAAGUGUGGCGCCCCCAGGCCUGGUGGACUCUGAAAGGCCUCGGGAGGUGGGUGGGUGGGUUGGAUUUCCUGAGAACUCCCCCUUGCCUCUGGUUUCCCCUUCCCGGCCCUGCCUCCUGAGACCUGCCAGACCCCCAGGGAAGCCUCUCCAGGCAGGGCCGAAGCGCACGUGAAGAGCUCAGGGCUCAGCCUUCCUCAGCCCCUCCACCUGCUCAGGGCUGACUGCAACGCCACACCCUGCCGGCUGGGCCUGGGGCUUCCCGGCCAAGUCUGGCCCCCUUCCCUCUAUAAAUAGUGUCCUGCACUGCCUGACGCCCUGGCUGUCCCUUGUCCCGAAGAACCGCCUUCCCGCAUGGGAGAGCUCUUUCUCUACCUGUCUACCUGGAGGCUCCCCCUGCUCUUUCUCCCUUGGCUUAGGGGGCCCUGGGCUGUUGGGUUUUUCCUGUCUCCGAUCUGGAGACUAUACGUGCAGCAGACCCUCGUCCUUGCUCAGAGCGCUGGGGUCUAGAACAGCAUCCGCUGAGGUCGAGGAGGGGGAGGGACACCCCUGAGACCCAGAGGGACCCCCUUCCCUUACCAGGAGUGGGGCCUGGUCUGGAACUAAAGAGCCGCGGCUUCCCGCCGCGCCCCGGCACCC